UGACUCAGUCGCACGGGUAGCGCACAACAGCCAAGUCGGAUUUGGAUAUAGACUUGGAUUUGGAUAGGUCUUGGGUAUUUCAAACUUCAUUUCCACAACUUCAAUUGGUGACUAUGCGAUUCGGAGUUGGUUGUCUUCUGGUGCUCCUGGGCAUCUGUGGUGCCGCACGGGCGGAUCUCACCUAUCGCGGAAAUGCGGUCCACCCAGAUUAUCCUGGCCAGUGUUACUAUGAGGAACUCAACCAGGCCAUUCCCAAGAAGCAGUCCUACAAGCCCAUCAAUCGCGAGGGCUACUGCCAAUCGAUCUACUGUCGCCCGGAUUAUGUCCUAGAGAUUGGCUACUGCGGUCGCCACAACCUGGUGCCCACGGAGCAGUGCAAGAUCGCCUCGGACAUGCGACGCACCUUCCCCGACUGCUGUCCCAAGUUGGUUUGCCAGGAGUCGGAGAGCAACUACAUCUAGGCUGGACCCGGAUGCCACAUGCAGCACUUAGUAUUACUUCGCUUGCCCACGUUUUCUUUUGGAAUAACCAUUCCUUUAAGAUGUAUUUGUUAAUAAUGUCCCACACUUCCGUUUUAAAUAUCUAUGUUUUAUAAACGGGACCACACUUAAAAAGUAAAUAUAUGUUUGUAUAUCAUUAAAAA